AGCUCACUCAACACAUUACACAUAGCGAUCCCGCCAGUGUCGGAAGGGAACUCAUCAAAUCCACCCCCACCAUUUGAACCCCAGCUCAGCUCCAUCCCCACUGCCCCCAACCACCGCACGGCAAGGUUUGUUUGACCUCUCGCCAGGCUCAAAGCUAGUAGCUUCUUGCUGUCGAGGCAGGGCCGGGACGGGGAGGAAGAGGACAAGCACGCUGCACGCACGCGUGCUGAUGCGCAAGCGUACAAACAGGUGAUCUAGAGAGGAAGCAGAAGACGACGACGACGAAGCUGAUCAGAGAAAUCCAAGAAAGAAGGAAUGGGGGGAGAAGAAGAAGAAGAAGGAGCUAGCCCACACGCGCGCGCCCGCGCUGAAAUGGCGUCUAGCGGCGGCAAGAGGAGGCCAAGACCAACCAUUUUCUCCUGGUUUGUCCCCUUGCUGCUGUUGCUGGCUUGUUCUUCUUCGUUGUCGGUGUCGGCGGACAAUGGCGGCGGCAGCGGCGGGGGCAACGGCGGGGGCAACGGCACGACACAUGAGUUCCGUUCGGGGGAUGAGUUGAGGGCGUACCAGAGGAUCGUGGCCCGGAUGGCCCGGACCAAGAAGGCCGCCGUCAAGACCAUUCAGAGCCCCGACGGCGACGUCAUCGACUGCGUGCCGGCGCACCUGCAGCCGGCGUUCGACCAUCCAACCUUAAGAGGCCAAAAGCCCGAGGAUGAGCCCGUGUACAGGCCAAACAUCACCGGCGGCGCGGCGGCGAAGAACGACGACACCGUGUUCCCGCAGGCGUGGAGCGACGGCGGCGGCGAGCCGUGCCCGGGCGGGACGGUGCCGAUACGGCGGACGACGGAGCGCGACCUGCUGCGGCACUCGGCGGCGACCGGCUCCCUCCGGCGGUUCGCGAUGAAACCGCCCCGCGCCCGCAACGUCGUCCGCCGCGACUCCACCGACGACGGCCACGAGCACGCGGUGGGGUACGUGACGGGGGAUCAGUUCUACGGCGCCAAGGCGAGCCUGAACGUGUGGCCGGCCAAAGUGGCGUCCGCCGCGGAGUUCAGCCUCUCCCAGAUCUGGGUCAUCUCCGGCACCUUCGGCAACGACCUCAACACCAUCGAAGCAGGCUGGCAGGUAAGCCCUCAGCUGUAUGGAGACAACAGCCCAAGGUUCUUCACCUACUGGACAAGCGACGCGUACCAGGCGACGGGGUGCUACAACCUGCACUGCUCGGGCUUCGUGCAGACAAACAGCCGGAUCGCCAUCGGCGCCGCCAUCUCGCCGGCGUCGGCCUACAACGGGCGGCAGUUCGACAUCGCGCUGCUCAUCUGGAAGGACCCGCGGCGGGGCCACUGGUGGCUGCAGCUAGGGGACGGGGCGGGCCCGCUGGUCGGCUACUGGCCGUCGUCGCUCUUCACGCACCUGGGAGGGCACGCCAACAUGGUGCAGUUCGGCGGCGAGGUGGUCAACACGCGGCCGAAGGGCGCGCACACGCCCACGCAGAUGGGCAGCGGCCAUUUCCCCCGAGAAGGGUUCAACCGGGCGGCCUAUUUCAGGAACUUGCAGGUUGUUGAUUGGGACAAUAAUCUCAUCCCGGCGGCGGGGCUCCGGCUUGUGGCGGAUCAUCCGGCGUGUUAUGGCGUUCAGGGCGGGUAUAACCGCGCCUGGGGGAAUUACUUCUAUUAUGGCGGGCCUGGAAGGAACGUCCGCUGCCCCUGAUUGGUUCGGUCGUCGGUGCUAGCUUUGAUUGAUGUUGCCGGUGCCGGAGAAGAAGGAGAUUGGUUGGUCGAUCGAGAUUCUCGCUGCUAAAGUAAUAUAGUACUACUGCCAAGGAGUACGUACGUGCUGAUCGUUGAUUACUUACCAACGGCUAAGAAGACAAACGUAGCUAGGUAGUAGUGGUUAAUUGAAUUACUGAAAGUUUUUGGAGUUGAUAGUAGUAUCUGCCUGGGAAGCGAUGCUUGUUUCCAUAUGUGGGUUUUUGGGGGGAGGGUUUAUGUAUACGUGGGAAACUGAUAUAGAGAUUUACUGUUUGUGAAUUUCGUUAGAUCACUUGCGCCCCAUAUGUAUAGUACUAGUACGGAGUAGUAUGUUUCUGUUGAUCUCUA